AUGUCUGAUGCUGUCGGAAUCGCCACGAGUAUCUACUCACGGUGUGCAUCACGUGGUAUUUACGCUUGCAUCACAUGGUAUCAACGCUUGUCCAUCCAGACCGCGGCGUACCGUGGACGGGAAGGGCGCGGGGACAUGUGGCUGUUCUUCGGCUGCCGCAACGAGUCCCAGGACUGGAUCUUCCGGCGGGAGAUGGAAGGCUUCCUCGAGAGAGGCACCUUGUCUAAGCUAUCCACGGCCUUCUCCAGAGAUGCCUCGGAGAAGGUGUACGUGCAGCACCGCAUCAGAGAGCACGGUGCGGAGCUGAGCCGGCUGAUGCUCGAACAGGGAGCCUACGUCUACGUCUGCGGUGACGGUAACGCCAUGGCGCAGGGGGUCCAUCGCGCCCUCGUCGAGGCGUUGGUGGAGCACGGGGGUGCCGGGGUGGACGGGGAGAAGGAGGCUGAGGCCACGCUGCGCAUGAUGAAGGAAAAGAAGCGUUACGUCCUGGACGUUUGGUCUUGAUUUUGAGGCCGCCCCUUUUGAUCGCCCAAGUCUGGUCUUGGUUUUGAGAC